GGAAGAUCUACAUUGGUCGGGAUUACAGUCACACAUCUCAAACGGCUAACACGUGUUAGUCUCCCAAAAAUUCGGGCUACACCGAAUAUGAUCGCGAAUUGAAUUAAAAUAACUUAUAGAAAAUUUUGGAGUGUUUCAGGACUUGCUUUUUGGAUCAAAAAAUAUGUGUAAGCUAACAAAAUGAAAUCUAGUCCAAAAAGAAGAGUGUCAACGGACUUAGAACCGUUUUGCUGUAAAAAACUUUCGGUGAUUGCUUGUGUGUUCGCUGUUGUGUCUUUAAUAGUACAGACUUAUAGUUAUGUGGGUAAUAGUGAAGUGAAUUUUGAUGUAGAAGCUAGAAAGUUAUUGAAGAAUGUUCUAGAUGAAAGGAUAGAGGAGAAAAUUGAUGCGUAUUUGAUGGAGAUCAGUGGGAGUACUUCGCAUCGACUAAAAAGGGAGGCUAUGUUGAAACAAUCAGUAAAUCAAGAAGAUAACACCGUGACUCCUCACGUGGAGUUCUUUAACCCUAAAAUGCGGCCGGAGCUAGAAGAGAAGGAUGCAGCGGAGAUGAGGAAGACUGGCGCUAAAGGCCCUGCCCCUGGUGGUGACACUUGGGUUUGGUUGACCAGCUAUUCUAGAGUUCCUUACAAAGUAGUACAAGGUUUCUGCAAAGCAACCCAGGAUUACUGUCCUCCCGGCGUUCAGGGACCAAAAGGACCGACUGGGUUACCUGGUCCUAAAGGGGAACGAGGAGAUGCUGGGGCUCCCGGCACUCCUGGCCAUUCUGGAGGCAGAGGACCUAUGGGACCACCUGGACCUAAAGGUGAACGCGGUUUCCCCGGCAAUCCAGGGCUGGAUGGUCGAGAUGGGGUGCCUGGUGAACCGGGUCUAGACGGUAUGUCAGGCCGCAAUGGUGCUGACGGGGCCCCGGGCAAGGAUGGGCGUGACGGAGUCCCUGGGAGGGAUGGUAGCCCGGGCAAGAACGGGAAGGAUGGGAAAGAUGGUAGGGCUGGAGCCCCUGGUCCACCAGGUAUACGAGGACCCAAAGGUGAUAAAGGACCAAUUGGCUCUAAAGGCCAGAGAGGUAAUGAUGGACGCGACGGUGCUCCUGGAAGACCAGGGCUGUCUAUAUACAACUACACGUUAGAAAAAGAACUGUUUAUACCUCCUACUUUUGCUCAAGACCAAACUCGAGUGAUAGUGCGGGAGGGUGAUACCAUGCGGAUCAGCUGUAACCCCAUGGGCCGGCCGGAGCCCACCGUGGAGUGGAGGCGAUAUGAUGGAACUGCUGUUAUUCAGGGUUCCUGGCGAGACGCCUCAGUAGCUGGCCACGUGCUAAACAUACCCAACGUGUCUCGCUGGCAUACCGGCAAGUACGUCUGUCUGGCCAACAACGGCAUGCUACCUUCUGCCAACCAGACAACUGAUGUCGAAGUCCAUUUCAGUCCUUAUAUACGGGUCCCAAAUAACGUCGUGUAUGUCACUAACAAGACUGUAAAGAUCGAAUGUGAGAUCCAAGCGUGGCCAGAGCCAGUACUAGCCUGGGAAAUGGACGGCAUAACUCUUGAAGGUCUUCGCUACAAGACUGAGAUAGCCCCAACUGGCGACCCCUGGCGGUGGAUCCUGAGGCUCGAGAUCCCAGGAGUGAGGGAGAGUGAUCUAAGGACUUACAGCUGUGUAGCCAAAAAUGAACUUAAUAAUCAGACCGUUAAGGGAGAUAUUACUUUGAGAUACCCAGGACCAAACCACGAGAACGUGCCAAAACAACAACCAGUAGAAUACGGCUCCAGGCCCCCAACCCUGACUUCCUACGAGGAGUUGUGUGAGGUACAGCGCUGCCCCACAUGUCCUCGAUGUGAUCGCGCACAGCUACUCAUUACUUCCAUGAAUGGAACUACUGGACACAAGCCUAGGAGGAAUACUAAUUGUCAGCUCUAUGCUAUUGGUAAGCCAGUUUACCAUCGCUACAAAGAAGAAACCUUUGGGGCUUGGCUUAGAGACUCGAAUGGCUCCGAUGCUCAGAGAGAAAAAUUAUGGACUACGCAGGAAACGGACGUGGAGCGACUGAGAGAGUACAGAACUAAAACAAGCUUCAAGCAAGACCACGUGGAUGAGUAUCAUAAACUGCAGAAACCAUUCUUUGGCAAUGGACACGUAGUAUACAGCGGUUCGUUCUUCUACCAAGCCAACGAGUCAGGAAACCCUGGCGACAUCAUCAGGUAUGACCUGUCGCAGAGCCGCAUCAAGUCUGUCAAGCUGCCUCAUGCUGAUGGUAGACUGUAUACUUCGCAACAUAACCAGGUAGACUUCAGUGCGGAUGACAAUGGUCUCUGGGCAAUAUACUCAAUAGAAUCGUCUAACAAUACUGCUGUAGCUAAGCUCAGUUUUGACCCUAACAAGGAUGGACUGAAUAUCGACUACAUUUGGAAUAUUUCAUUGAAUCAUAAACAAGUAGGCGAAAUGUUCAUAGUCUGUGGAGUACUAUACGCGUUAGACUCGGCAACGGAACGAGAGAGCAAGGUGUCGGUUGCCAUAGAUCUAUAUCUGAACAAACAGAUAGAAGUGGCAUUGCAGUUCACCAAUCCCUUUAGGAAGACUACGCAGCUUGGAUAUGAUCAUAUGCAUAAGGAGCUAUAUUCCUGGGACCGAGGGAACCAACUGACGUACCCUGUGAGAUACAACGAACUACCGUGACAUCUAGAGAAACUGUCUAUACCCUUAACGACAAUGUGAAAAUAUUUUUUAUACUUACAUUUUUGCAAAUAUAAUCUCCAAUACUU